AAACGAGGGAUGAGAGAACAAGAAAGGAAAGGGGCAAAAAGGCAAGGUGUUAAGCGGAUUGACCCAACGCUUUCAUUGAUAUCCUCCCCAAUUUCCUGGAUCUUGGGUCUCGCUCUCCACGCAGGCCUCCAACCACACCGGUCUGUCCGGAUCUCCCUCCCCGUCAGUGCCGGCUGUCCCCACCAAGCGCAGUCUCAUCCGCUCCCCCGCUCCCACAGCCCACUUUUCCCAGGCCCUUGGCCAUCCCGCGCCCUGUAGGAAUUCACCUGCACAGAAACAGCCAGGGAAACCGUCCUCCCUCCUUGGAGCCCGCCUCCCGCAGCCCCGGGCUCCCUCCCCCGCCCCCGCGCCACCCCGGCGCCCCGCCCCGGGCGGAGAGAGUCGGGGCGAGGGGAGGGCCUGCCAGGUGAGGCGCGGCCACCCUAGGCCUCUCACUUCCGCCCAGGUGAGGCAGGGCCGACACCGAGCCCGCCCGACCCGGGCUCCCACCUGCUCCUCCAGCGCACCAGGUAUCUUUAAGAGUGAUUGAAGGGAAUAAUUCAAAAUGCCUGAAAAUCCUGCUACAGAUAAACUGCAGGUCCUGCAGGUGCUUGAUCGCCUGAAAAUGAAAUUGCAGGAGAAGGGUGACACAUCACAGAAUGAGAAGUUAUCUGUGUUUUAUGAGACACUAAAGAGUCCUCUCUUCAACCAGAUACUCACACUUCAGCAGUCCAUCAAGCAACUGAAAGGACAACUCAACCAUAUACCCUCAGAUUGUUCAGCCCACUUUGAUUUUUCUAGGAAAGGUUUGUUAGUGUUCACAGAUGGUUCCAUUACUAAUGGAAAUGUCCACAGGCCCUCUAAUAACUCCACUGUAUCUGGAUUAUUUCCUUGGACCCCGAAGUUGGGAAAUGAAGACUUUAACUCAGUCAUUCAACAGAUGGCUCAGGGCCGGCAAAUUGAAUAUAUAGAUAUAGAACGGCCUUCAACUGGAGGCCUUGGAUUCAGUGUGGUGGCCCUCAGAAGUCAAAAUAUGGGAAAUGUUGAUAUCUUCGUGAAGGAUGUCCAGCCAGGGAGUGUAGCAGACAGGGAUCAAAGAUUAAAGGAAAAUGAUCAAAUAUUGGCCGUUAAUCACACACCAUUGGAUCAGAACAUUUCCCAUCAGCAAGCAAUUGCAUUAUUACAACAAACCACUGGAUCUUUGCAACUGAUUGUGGCCAGGGAACCAAUCCACACAAAAAGCAGUACUUCUAGCAGCCUAACUGAUACAACUCUGCCUGAAACAGUUUGCUGGGGCCAUGUUGAAGAGGUUGAGCUCAUUAAUGAUGGCUCCGGACUAGGUUUUGGUAUAGUUGGAGGAAAAACAAGUGGCGUGGUUGUGAGGACUAUAGUUCCUGGAGGAUUAGCAGAUCGAGAUGGAAGACUCCAGACAGGGGACCACAUCUUGAAGAUUGGUGGCACAAAUGUGCAGGGAAUGACCAGCGAGCAAGUUGCACAAGUUCUAAGGAACUGUGGGAAUUCAGUCAGGAUGCUCGUUGCUAGAGAUCCAGCUGGUGACAUUUCAGUCACCCCUCCUGCCCCUGCAGCCUUACCUGUUGCCCUGCCUACUGUAGCCAGCAAAGGCCCUGGUUCUGACAGUUCUCUUUUUGAAACUUAUAAUGUUGAGCUCGUGAAAAAAGAUGGGCAGAGUCUUGGAAUUAGAAUCGUUGGCUAUGUUGGAACAUCUCAUACAGGGGAACCUUCAGGGAUUUAUGUGAAAAGUAUAAUACCUGGCAGUGCUGCGUACCACAAUGGCCACAUUCAAGUGAAUGACAAAAUAGUUGCUGUCAAUGGCGUGAACAUUCAGGGUUUUGCCAACCAAGAUGUUGUUGAAGUAUUACGAAAUGCAGGGCAGGUGGUACACCUAACCCUAGUUCGAAGGAAGACAUCCUCAUCUACUUCUCCACUUCAACCACUUUCAGCCAGAGGAACUGUUGUUGAACCACCCAAACCACCAGCUCUCUUUCUAACUGGAGCAGUGGAAACUGAAACUAAUGUGGAUGGUGAACAGGAGGAAAUUAAAGAUAGAAUGGAUAAUUUAAAAAGUGACAACAUACAAGCCUUAGAAAAAUUGGAAAAAGCCCCAGACUCUCCAGAAAAUGAGCUGAAAUCCAGAUGGGAAAACCUAUUGGGUCCCGAUUAUGAAGUAAUGGUUGCUACUUUGGACACACAGAUUGCAGAUGAUGCUGAGUUACAGAAAUAUUCAAAGCUGCUGCCUAUUCACACUCUGAGGCUUGGUGUGGAAGUGGAUUCCUUUGAUGGGCACCAUUAUAUUUCUUCAAUUGUUUCUGGUGGUCCUGUUGACACAUUGGGUCUCCUACAGCCAGAAGAUGAGCUGCUUGAGGUCAAUGGCACGCAGCUCUAUGGAAAAUCUCGCCGAGAAGCAGUCUCCUUUCUUAAAGAAGUGCCACCCCCUUUUACUUUGGUUUGCUGUCGGAGGUUGUUUGAUGAUGAGGCUUCUGUAGAUGAACCAAGGCACACUGAAACCUCUCUUCCUGAGAUGGAGAUUGACCGCGAUAUGGAUGUCAAUGCUGAAGAAGAUGAUGAUGGGGAAUUAGCACUGUGGUCCCCUGAAGUCAAGAUUGUUGAACUAGUAAAAGAUUGUAAAGGUUUGGGAUUCAGCAUUUUGGAUUACCAGGACCCUUUAGAUUCUACAAGAUCAGUGAUUGUGAUCCGCUCCCUGGUAGCAGAUGGUGUAGCAGAAAGAAGUGGGGGACUAUUACCUGGAGACCGCCUGGUCUCAGUCAAUGAAUACUGUUUGGACAACACCUCACUUGCUGAAGCUGUGGAAAUACUGAAAGCUGUGCCGCCAGGCAUAGUACGCCUUGGCAUCUGUAAGCCAUUGGUGGAAGAUAAUAAAGAAGAAGAAAGUUGUUAUAUUUUACAUUCAAGCGGUAAUGAAGACAAGACUGAACUUUCAGGAACAAUUCAUGAUAUAAAUUCAUCUUUAAUACUCGAAGCUCCCAAGGGAUUUAGAGAUGAACCAUAUUUUAAAGAAGAACUUGUGGAUGAACCAUUUCUAGAUCUGGGAAAGUCUUUCCAUUCCCAACAAAAAGAGAUAGAGCAAAGCAAGGAGACCUGGGAGAUGCAUGAAUUUCUGACUCCUAGAUUGCAGGAAAUGGAUGAAGAAAGAGAAAUGCUUGUUGAUGAAGAAUAUGAGUUAUAUCAAGAUCCCUCUCAGUCCAUGGAGUUGUAUCCCUUGUCACACAUUCAAGAGGCCACUCCUGUGCCCUCCCUGAAGGAACUUCACUUUGGUACACAGUGGUUGCAUGAUAAUGAACCAUCCGAAUCUCAAGAGGCAAGAUCCGGGAGGAAUAUCUAUUCCCAGGAGGCACAGCCGUGUGGCUAUUGCCCUGAAAAUGUGAUGAAAGAAAAUUUUGUCAUGGAGUCCCUACCAUCUGUACCAUCAACUGAAGGAAACAGUCAACAAUGCAGAUUUGAUGACCUGGAAAAUCUUAAUUCAUUAGCAAAAAGUAGUCUGGAUUUAGGCAUGAUCCUGGAUGAUGCCCAAGGUCCUAGCUUGCUCAUUGACCUUCCUGGUGUGGCUCAAAGUAGGGAGCAAGAAGAUUUGCCUUUAUAUCAACACCAAGCGACGCGAGUUAUUUCCAAGGCCUCAGCAUACACAGGAAUGUUGUCUUCUAGAUAUGCCACUGAUACAUGUGAGUUACCUGAGAGAGAAGAGGGCGAAGGAGAAGAAACUCCCAAUUUUAGCCACUGGGGUCCACCGAGAAUUGUUGAGAUUUUUAGAGAACCCAAUGUGUCUCUUGGGAUCAGUAUUGUUGGUGGACAAACUGUUAUAAAACGUCUAAAGAAUGGAGAGGAACUUAAAGGUAUAUUCAUCAAACAAGUUUUAGAAGACAGUCCAGCAGGGAAAACAAACGCACUUAAAACUGGAGAUAAAAUACUUGAGGUGUCUGGAGUAGAUUUGCAGAAUGCCUCACACAGCGAAGCAGUUGAGGCCAUUAAGAAUGCAGGCAACCCUGUGGUGUUCGUUGUUCAGAGCUUGUCAUCCACUCCACGAGUCAUUCCUAAUGUACAUAACAAGGCCAACAAAAUCACCAGUAACCAGAACCAGGACACCCAAGAAAAGAAAGAAAAGAGGCAAGGAACUGCCCCACCGCCGAUGAAACUCCCUCCUCCUUAUAAAGCUCGGUCUGAUGACAGUGAUGAAAAUGAAGAAGAAGAUGCCUUUACCCACCAAAAAAUCAGACAAAGAUAUGCAGAUCUGCCUGGAGAACUGCACAUUAUUGAACUUGAAAAAGAUAAGAAUGGACUUGGACUCAGCCUUGCUGGUAAUAAAGACCGAUCACGCAUGAGCAUAUUUGUGGUGGGAAUUAACCCGGAAGGACCUGCUGCCACAGAUGGACGAAUGCGUAUUGGAGAUGAACUCUUAGAGAUAAACAAUCAGAUUCUGUAUGGAAGAUCACACAGGGUGGUUUCAGUAAUUCUGGUUUCUUCUCCCUGUCUUAUUAAGAUCACUUUUGUCAGAAACGAGGAUGCAGUCAAUCAGAUGGCCGUUCCUCCCUUUCUAGUGCCAUCAAGUUCUCCAUCUUCUAUUGAGGAUCAGAGCGGCACUGAACCUGUUAGUAGUGAGGAAGAUGGCAGCCUCGAAGUUGGUAUUAAACAAUUGCCUGAAAGUGAAAGCUUCAAACUGGCUGUCAGCCAGAUGAAACAGCAAAAAUAUCCAACAAAAGUCUCCUUCAGUUCACAAGAGAUACCGUUAGCACCAGAUUCAUCGUACCAUUCAACAGACGCAGACUUCAUAGGCUAUGGUGGUUUCCAGGCUCCUCUGUCAGUGGAUCCCGCAACGUGCCCCAUUGUCCCCGGACAGGAAAUGAUUAUAGAAAUAUCCAAGGGACGUUCAGGGCUUGGUCUCAGCAUUGUGGGAGGAAAAGACACACCGUUGAAUGCUAUAGUUAUCCAUGAAGUCUAUGAAGAAGGGGCAGCAGCCAGAGAUGGAAGACUUUGGGCUGGUGACCAGAUAUUAGAGGUUAAUGGGGUUGACCUGAGGAACUCCAGCCACGAAGAAGCCAUCACAGCCCUGAGGCAGACCCCCCAGAAGGUGCGGCUGGUGGUGUACAGAGAUGAGGCACACUACCGGGAUGAGGAGAACUUGGAGAUUUUCCCUGUGGAUCUGCAGAAGAAAGCUGGCCGGGGCCUGGGCCUGAGCAUUGUUGGGAAACGAAAUGGAAGCGGAGUGUUUAUUUCUGACAUCGUGAAAGGCGGAGCCGCAGACCUGGAUGGGAGAUUGAUUCAGGGAGAUCAGAUCUUAUCUGUGAAUGGGGAGGACAUGAGAAAUGCCUCACAGGAGACAGUGGCCACCAUCCUAAAGUGUGCACAGGGGCUUGUGCAGCUAGAGAUUGGAAGACUCCGAGCUGGUUCCUGGACCUCCUCAAGGAAGACAUCACAGAACAGUCAGGGCAGUCAACAGAGCGCACACAGCAGCUGUCAUCCCUCCUUCGCUCCUGUCAUCACUGGCCUGCAAAACCUGGUUGGCACAAAAAGAGUUUCAGAUCCUUCCCAGAAAAAUUCAGGCACAGAUAUGGAACCAAGGACUGUUGAGAUAAACAGGGAGCUCAGUGAUGCCCUUGGAAUCAGUAUUGCUGGAGGAAGAGGAAGUCCCUUAGGAGAUAUCCCUAUAUUUAUUGCCAUGAUUCAGGCCAGUGGAGUGGCUGCACGGACACAGAAGCUUAAAGUUGGGGAUCGGAUUGUCAGCAUUAACGGGCAACCUUUGGAUGGGCUGUCUCACGCGGAUGUGGUUAAUCUGCUGAAGAACGCCUUCGGGCGCAUUAUCCUGCAGGUUGUAGCAGAUACCAACAUAAGUGCCAUAGCAGCUCAGCUUGAAAACAUGUCUACAGGCUACCACCUUGGUUCACCCACUGCUGAACACCAUUCAGAAGACACAGAGUGA